AUGUCAUCUACAAAGACGAUCCUGCGUCUGGCCAGCAAACGGCCUCUCGGGGCCACUUCUCAGCCGGCGAGAUGUGCGCAGCGCGCAUCCCUCUCGCAGUCUGCCAGACGAGCUGCCGAGAAAGACAACCAGCAUGACCUUAGAAAACCACCCCCAGAUGUCCUUGGAGAAUUACGAAAAGCACCUCGACCGCCAACGGGCAAGCUCUCCGCCCCGGUUGUCAACGACACGGACAAAUACGCAGACAAAGCUCUUCCUCUCCACCAAUAUGGUCAAUACCUCAUGUCCUGCCUCCCAAAAUAUAUCCAGCAGUUUUCGGUAUGGAAGGACGAGUUGUGCAUUUACAUUACGCCCAGCGGGGUCAUCCCGGUCUUCACCUUCUUGAAGUAUCACACUGCGGCCGAAUACACCAUGGUUGCGGACAUCACGGCUGUCGACUUCCCCACCAAAAACUAUCGAUUCGAAGUCGUCUACAACCUUCUUAGUGUGCGCCACAACUCGAGGAUAAGAGUCAAGACAUAUGCGGACGAAGCGACCCCUGUACCGUCAAUCACAUCUCUCUACGAUGGAGCCAAUUGGUAUGAGCGAGAAGUCUAUGACAUGUUUGGUGUCUUCUUCACAGGCCACCCGGACCUCCGUCGAAUCCUGACAGACUAUGGGUUUGAUGGGCACCCAUUACGCAAGGAUUUCCCUCUGACUGGAUACACGGAAAUCCGGUAUGAUGAAGAGAAGAAGCGGAUCGUUGUCGAACCAUUGGAGAUGACACAAGCAUACCGCAACUUUGAAGGUGGAACAAGUGCUUGGGAACAAGUCGGCACUGGUGUGGACACCACGCCCGAUCAGUUCAAACUGCCCACGCCAAAACCGGAGGAAAAGAAGGAAGAGAAGAAGUAA